CUGACGUUUAAACUCUAUUCCGAAUUCUUAUUCUACUUCAAUUCUGACAAUAUCAAAAUUUUCUUUAUCUCGCCUUUUAUUAUAGCUGCGUACCUCACCAGCUGUAUUGAACCUUUAAAAGAUUCAGAAUCUGGAAGUCUACCAGCCCAAGCCCCAUCUUCAAAAAUCCCUGGUGAAAAGUCUGCCUCCAUGUACAAUAUGGCUCAAAAUUUUGGUACCAUGUCCAAUAGCACUAGCAAUGGUGGGGGUGGUGUUCUAGGACUCAACACAGCUUACCGUCGCCUGCAUACUCGCCUAGCUAUGAGCCUGAGCCAUGUUCAGGCCUGUCUCUUCCGAAUUACUGCUCUUCUUGUUUUACCCCGCAGCGCCGCAGCAGAAGCUGGGGUGUCUGAAGCGCGGUUUUCUGAAUUCAUUAAACGUGGUGAAUUUGAUCAACUUUGUCCACAUUGCGGUCUUGUACAGUGCUCGCACACCGUCGCUGGCCUCGACAUUGGCCUAAGCGUACGUCCUUUACCUCCGAGGCGCCGGCGCCUUCAGCAGCUUCGCAAACGCAUGAGGUUGAGAAAGCGACUUGGUCGAGCAUCUACAGUUAUUGGGCCGGAACAUCAAGGGGUGGAUGGUGCGGCUGCUCAUGAAGAGAAUCUUCGCGAGGCUGCAUGCGCAUGGGCAUACCAAGGCUUUUCAAGUAGGGCACAGUUCACAAGUUCAGCCAAUAUGAGUCCUUUAGGCGGCAGAGAUGAUGAAAAUGAAGUGGACGUCGAAGAGGAAGACGAUGAGGAAGAUGAGUGUGAUGGAAAAGACGACGUACCUUCAAAAGAUGGGGAGUUUGACGAAGUUAUAAAAAAUUUGGAUGCUGGGGAAAAAGAUGAACCAUUUGAGGACUUCGAAGUAGAGGACAGAUGCGAGGAAGACUUUGAGUUAAGAGGAAUUGAAGAGGAAAUUGAUGAAGAUACGCACCUGCCAGUUCGGCAAGGCUCAGGAUGGUCGUGCGAAUUGAGUAAUUAUGGCCCUGUUGGUGGUGGGUGUACCUUAGGCCCACGAAGAAGCGGCGGCUUCUUGGUGCAGGGCGACUGCUCACGGCGUUUACUUCAGAAGCUCGCCUGGGCACCUCUUCGUCUCUUCACCACCAUUAUGAUGGAAAACACAGUCGCUUGCUGGCAAUGGAUGCUGGCUAGCCGGCCGGGUCUUGUUACUCAGGUCUCCGACUUUUCAUACCUAAUUACCAGUUUUGGCCCCUGUGACAAAUGGCAUAAGGGUCAAUUAAAUAUUUAA